AUGGGUGACUGGAAGGGCUACAUCAGUGCGGUGCUGCGGGAUCAGCGCAUCGACGACGUGGCCAUCGUGGGCCACUCGGACAACCGCUGCGUGUGGGCGUCCCGGCCCGGGGGCCUGCUGGCCGCCAUCUCCCCGCAGGAGGUGGGCGUGCUCACGGGGCCGGACCGCCACACCUUUCUGCAGACCGGCCUGAGCGUGGCGGGCCGCCGCUGCUGCGUUAUCCGCGACCACCUGCUGGCCGAGGGCGACGGCGUCCUGGACGCGCGCACCAAGGGACUGGACGGACGCGCGAUCUGCGUGGGCCACACGCCGCGGGCGCUCCUGGUGCUCAUGGGUAGACGGGGCGUGCACGGAGGCGUCCUCAACAAGACAGUGCACGAUCUGAUUGGUGGGCUCCGGGAGCAGUGCUCCUAG